AUGGAUAACCAUACCCACAAUAACACAACCAGAUCUACUGAUGAUAAUACCUCAUUCCAAUUAUCACAACCACCGCCUCCAGAUCACCUAACUGAAUUUUUGAAUAUAUUAAACAACAAGGGGACUAAUAAAGGAACUAAUAAUAGUAGAACUACUAGUACUAGUACUAGUACUAAAAAAAAUAACAUGCUAUCUCCAGAUGGCUUUGGAGAAACUCGUAGUUAUAGUACUAUAAACCCCUCUACUGCAAGCACAAGAACUACUACCUCUUCUAUUUUCAAUUUACAAACACUAAUAACACAUACUGACAUAGAGAAAACUACAAAAAACUUGAAAAAACUAGAACUUAACUUUACCAAGUUAUCUAAACAAUUACAAGAAAUUUCUUUAACAAUCGGUGAUUUAGCAUCCACUUUGGAAGACUUGGGUCAUUAUUCGAAACUUGACGAUGAAAACAUGUUGGAUUUUAUUAAAAUAAGUGGAUUUUAUCAUAUGAUGAGUACGCACCAACAAAUUUUAAGAUCAACUAUAAUAAAUGAUAUAUUGGGCCCAUUAAAAAAGAAUAAUUCAGAAUUUUUGACAAGUUUUAGCACACAUGAAAAAAUUUUUAAAGAUAAUUUUAAAAGAAAAUACACAGAAUUAAAUCGGAGAGAAAAAUUAACCAAACUCAAAAGAAACAAUAGCACGAUUGCCGGAUACAGAGAGCAAUUGUAUCAAUUAGAAAUGGUCUUAGAUGAUUUGGAGAAAUUAAAAAUAGAUUAUUAUAACGGCACCCAAGAUAUUUUAAACUAUCAGUUAAAUAAAGUGUUACAAUAUAUUGCUUCCUCCUUAAGGAUACAAUUAGAAUUAUGUGAAGAUUUGGCUAAAAAGGGUUGGAAUGGUGGGGGUUUAGAGUUUAUAUAUUCUAUGGAGAACGACAAUGAUAACGUAUUAUAUGACGAUACUGCUAGUACCAGUGACCUUCAUUCUAAUAUUGAUGUUGAUGAUCGUGCUUAUGUGGAUAACAAGGUAGAGCCACCAAUAGUGGAAAGAGAUGAUGAUGAUGAUGAUGAUAAGGGGGAGGAGGAACAAGAAGAGCGAAGGGAAGAAACGGGGGAUUCUAGUAAAAAUAAUAGUACUAAUAUCAAGAUAAAUGGUUCAAGCAGUACUAUAAACGUAGAUCCUAAUAAAGGGAAUUCUAGUAAUACUUUUUAUAAAAGUGCCGAUAAUAUUAACAUUAACACAGAUAAUGGUACUAUGCAUAAGGAGGAAAAGUCACCUGUGAGAGGUGAAAAAGGGGAAGGAGAGCUUCACGAUAAAAGUGGAAAAUCAUCUCUUAAAACGAUGGAAAGUAACCAUACUGCCAUUCAUAAUGUAAAUAUCAAAACUGAUAGGGAUACACAGAUAAACUCAUUGGAUAGUAAUACGAAGGAAGGGAAUGAACAACUCGAUAAUAUCAAGAACAUAGUACUUGCUGACAAGGCAGAAGACGAGGAUUAUAUAGAGGGGGACAUAGAUAAUUCCUUUUCAUUACCUGAUAUUUAA